GCGUCACGCUUCACGAAGUAGACAUAUGCUAUCUUUGUCAGCCGGGUUUUGUUGUAAGAGACCAUAUUUACUGCCUUCAUAACAAUUUUAGAAGGCAUAGACAACUUUUCUCUUUCACAGUAGCAUAUUAUUGCGACGUUUUUGAAUCAUACUAUAAAGACUAUCAAAAAAAACCAUUACGUCAUUAGCAAGGGAAUUUCCCGGCGUGAAACGUCUGCGUUUGCAAUAGGCUCGAAUAGUUCGGUCAUAAUGUGCAUUUUUAACGAAUACACCACCCGUACGAGCUGUCGUGAAUGAGUACAACACGCAUUAACACAAAGAAACAAACGUAAAAAGGUUUUCGUCGUUUUCAACGCACAUUGGAAUACUGCAACGGGAGUCGUGUGAUCACUAACACUGAAGUCACAAGGAAUCCAUUCAAACAGCGCAGUAAUUGAUAACAGGAGAGCUGUUGUUCCUGUGACGUUCAUGGCACCAAAAGGUUCUGUCCCCGCUGUAAACGACGAAGUUUCCUUGUCUUGUGCUGCGGAAGCUCUGGAGUUUGAAGAUGCCAAUUUGAGAGGAAUAGCAGAGGUCUGUAACAAUGAAGGCGACGAAGAAUUUCGUAAAAAUGAAUACAAGAAUGCUAUACACUCCUAUACGGAAGGAAUUGAAGUAAAAUGCGAAGAUAAAGAGCUGAACGCUAAACUGUACAGCAACCGGGCAACAACACAUUACUUUUUGGGAAAUUUCAAUGAGGCACUGAGCGACGCAAAAGCUUCAAAAAAACUUAAUCCAUCGUGCACAAGGGCCUAUACCGCAGGAGCACAAGCCUGUGUGGAGUUGAAUCUGUUUGAAGAAGCCAUUACAUGGUGCAAUGGCGGACUUGCAAUUGACCAGGACAAUCAGACGUUGUUAGGUAUAAAGGAGGAGUCUCUCGCAAGACAAAGCGAACGUUUGGAACCAAACAGAGAGGAAAUGAAGGAAAUUCAAACCAAGGUUCACGAUUAUCAAAGUCCAAUGGCAUUCCCUCCAUUAAACCUUGAUAUUACCAAAAAAGUAGCAAACAGAAAGAGAGAAGGAGUUCUGUAUCUCAAUCUUGGUGAUUCGUUUACGGAACUCAGCCAAUUUCAAGACGCAAUCGACAGUUAUCAAAAGUACCUUGGUAUCUCCAAAGAACAAGGGGAUAAGGCCGGCGAGGGACAGGCAUAUGGCAAAUUAGGCAAUGCUUACAACAGUGUCGGUAGAAAUAAUGAAGCUAAAGAAUACUAUGAACGGCAGCUAAGCACUGCCGAAGAAAUUGGCGAUAAAGUCGAGGAAGGAAAGGCUCUGAGCAACCUUGGCACUCUGUUUUAUUGUCGUGGUGAUUUUGAAAAAGCCUCAGAAUGCCAUCAAAAACAUCGGUAUAUUGCCAUAGAAUUGGGGGAUAGGUCUGGAGAAGGAUAUGCCUUAACCUAUCUUGGCAGUGCGUUUCACAGGCUUGGUUCGUUCAAAGAGGCCAUGGAGUACCACGAACGAAGUUUAAAGAUCGUUAAGGAACUUGGUGAUAGGGUUGGAGAGGAAAAGGCUUAUGGGAAUUUAGGGCGUGUCUUUCGAAGUCUCGGUGAUUUCAAACAAGCCACAGAAUAUCACAAUUUGCAACUAAGUAUUGCUAAAGAAGAGGGCAUGAAGGCUGAUGAAGCCUGUGCCAAUUAUGAGCUAGGUUGCUCUUCAGAAUCUCAAGGGUCGGAAAUGGUAGCUUUGGAAUAUUAUAAGUCAAGUGCAAGACUUUUUGAGGAAAUAAGAACUGAUCUUCCACGUUAUCAAACUAACAGCUUCAAAGAUGAGUGGAAGAUUAAUUUGUUUGAUGUAUACCAAUGUGUCUACACUGCUUUAUGCAGAAUUUAUUUAAACCUGAACAUGACUUUAGAAGCUCUUUUCGCAGCAGAGAAAGGGCGUGCACAAGCUCUGUUGGAUUUUUUGAGCUCGCAUUACGGAGCAAACUCGGCCCAAAUUCCAUCAUCUGAACAGGAAGAAGCCAUGUCUGCUAUAAUGAAAUACAUCUCUUCAAAUACAAUUUUUUUAGGACUCGACAACAAUAAAAUCAACAUUUGGCUGCUUCAACCAGGUAAAGGUUUACAAUUUAAGAGUAGAUCAAUGGAAGGUGCUGAUGAUCUUAUGUCGUUUUGGAGCGUGAUGAAUGGCCUGAUAGGCUCAACUAGAUCGUGUGAGGUGUCACGUCUUGUCGAGGAUUCAGACGACGAGGAAAAAGAAGAACUAGGUCCCUCGACCUUAUUAAGACUUUUGUUCGACUUUGUUUUUGGUCCGAUAUCUGACUACCUUCAAGGUGACGAGUUGGUCAUAGUUCCGGAGGGUCCUUUGUGCCUGGUCCCUUUCGCAGCAUCGAUAGAUCUUGUUGGAAAAGACCUAUGUGAUUCUUUUAGAAUUCGAAUCGUUCCUUCCUUAACAACUCUUAAAGUGAUUGCAGAUUCUCCCCAGGGUUAUCACAGCGAAAGUGGUGCACUUGUCGUGGGAGAUCCAGAGAUUCCUAGGUUUAAGUACCGUGGAGAAUGGCAAUAUCUUUCGCGGCUUCCAUGUGCUAGACAAGAAACAGAAAUGAUCGGGCGAUUAAUGAAUGUUAAACCACUAAUUGGAAAAGAAGCUACAAAAGAAAAAGUGCUCGAGCAGUUGAACGCGGUUGCUUUAGUACACAUAGCAGCCCACGGUAGUCAUGAAGGGAGUGGAAUAACUUUGGCUCCGAGUUCAAGGCGUAACCCUCAGACGUUAGAGGAGAAAGACUGCAUACUGAAGAUGGCUGACGUGUUAAAUGUUAAAGUUCGAGCAAAGCUCGUUGUGCUAAGUUGUUGUCAUAGUGGGAGAGGAAAGAUCUCGUCUGAAGGUGUUGUCGGCAUUGCACGGGCUUUUCUAGCUGCAGGUGCUCGUUCUGUUCUAGUUUCACUGUGGGUGAUUGAAGAUGAGGCCACAAUGAGGUUUAUGAACAGUUUCUAUCAACACCUGGUACAAGGAAGAGGUUCCAGUGAAGCUUUAAACAAGGCCAUGAAAUAUAUGAAAGAGUCGGACAAGUCAGUCAACAAAAUCCAUAACUGGGCUCCGUUUCUACUUAUUGGUGAUGACGUCACAAUGAAAUUUCCUCACGAACGCGACAUUGCGGCAGAAGUGGAAGAAGACGUUCCAGAUGCGUCACAGUGCAUUACAAAAUGAACUUUUAAAAAGCUCCGAUAAUUUUAAUCACUUCUUUUGUACUCUCUACUCAUAGGUAAUUAAUUCCACUGGGAAAAAAACAGUGGCGCGUCAUAUUUUUUUUUUUUCCAUCCUGCAGGAUCCAACUUAGCUAAAACGGUUGGCGUGGUUAAGGUAGUAAUGGUCGACUUUACAUUUAAUGCUAAGUAACCUUAAGAAAAGGUUAAGUCACCCAGAUAAAAUUCUAAUUACUGACUUACAAAACUUCAUGCACUAAGAAAAUAGACAAUAUAUACUGCCUCAUGAAAUAUGGAAUCAAUCAAUCAGUUAACCAAUCAAUCAAUCAGUCGAUCGAUCGAUUAAUCAAUCAAUCAGAGUGUUUACUGUUGUAAUUAAUAUGGUUGUAUAUUGUGCUAUUUUAGCACUUCGAUUCAGUUUAGGCAACUGAAUUUUAUAGUACCAACACGGUAGCCAUAAACUGCGAGAAAUAAUGGAGCACAUACAAGCAAAAUUCUUAGUUGUCUCAAAAGGAAUUCUAAAAAAAAAAACAUAAAUUAUGUAAAACUGUAUCAGGGUAAAUAAACAGAAGUAUGUUGCGAGAUUAAA